CUGUCUUGGACCCUCUGGCCUCAUGCGCAUAGGUCAUCCCUUCCGACAGCUAAGUCUGAUACCUCUCUUGGCCGUCUUUGUACUCUGCUCCAGUGCAUUUGCGGCUUACGUCUUCUUCGCCCUUCGCACGCCCGGCUCCCUGUCUCGACGCCUCCGCCUCUUCGCCCCGUCAGGCAGCUCUAGCCACUACGAGGACCUGCGCUCGGGAGAGCAUCUGUCCGUACGACCGCUGGGAAACAGCCACUCCAGUACGCUCGAAACGUUCUCUCGGAUCUUCGUCAUCUCCCGUCCCGCCCGUCUCGACCGUCGUGCCGCCAUGGAGCAACUACGUCAAUCCCUUGCACUUCAUUGGACAUACGUCGAUGCUAUCUCACCCGACGAUACGCUUGUGGCGAAAAUAGGUGGUUGUGUACGGUUUUUACGGCGACAAAACCCUCACCAUCUCUUUGAAUGGCCUCCGGACUUCGAUACUCUGUCUCGCGCACCUUUAUCAAUUCAACCUACAUCGUCUUCCCCUACGCCUCUCACCUGCGCGGUCACGAACCACAGCGACGGCGUUGACUUCAAACCUUCUCUACCGGCCUAUAUGCUGCUCACCCCACCGAAGCUUGCUUGCUGGUAUUCCCAUCUUACGGCGAUCUUCCGUUUUGCUGGUGAAGUCGACCGCUCUGGAGGUCCUGCGCUGUUCCUUGAGGAUGACGUCGACAUGGAGCGCGAUGUAGGGCGAAGACUGGAAGUUCUUUGGCCGCAAUUACCGAGCGAUUGGGACAUCGUAUUCUUGGGUCACUGCUGGUCUAACGAAUCACGUUACCCAGCCGUGGGGUCGUCCAACUUUGUGGAGACCACGGUUCACCCUUCCUUCGCCCCCAAAUGCACCCAUGCAUACGCUCUCAGCCACACCGGUGCUAUUCGCCUUCUUCUCCAUCUGCUUCACCCACCCUUCGCAUAUUCUCGCGCCCUCGAUCAAGCGUUUUCGUGGCUCAUACAGAGCAGCCGCCUCAGGGCCUAUUCUCUGGUUCCAAGUGUUGUGGUGCAGCGUAGAGCAGAUAAGAGUGACAUUGAUGGUGGUCAGGAUGGUUUAGGAAGUAGGUGGCAGGACCAUCUGCAACAUGGUGUAUUAUCUUUAUAG